CGCGUAGCGUCGUCGCGACGCGCGGAACGUUCGAACCGACCUUCUCGCCUCGUCGUAUUUUAUUAUUUUUCUUUUAAUUCACAUUCACCUCUCGCGAACCUACCCGCAGAGAAUCCCCUUUCGCGCGCGAAAAAAUCCCGCGGUUCAAAAUGGUGUUGCACCCGAGCUCCUGAUCCGCAUCGAAUUUCUUGCGGUUCGGUCGAGAGUGCGCGGAGUGAAAGUGCCGAGAGGAUAAGGAGAAAAAAGAGAAACAAGAGAGAGAGGGAUACAAAAGUGAAGGCGGUUGAAGAGUGCGGUCCGAUGGAGUCGGCUAGUCGGCGCCGCGUCGGAACCGCGGCGGGAUUCGGCCGCACUCGCGAAACCGCGCGCGGCGACCGCGACGCGGUGCCCCGGUGAUGGAUGCGGGAGACCCCGACGUUGAUGUAAAGUGUGUUAUGCGCGAGUGUGCAGGUUCGUUGUUGUCCUCCUCGUUGUCGUCGUCCUCGUCGUCGUGAUGCCGUUUGUGAUGCGAAAAGUGGAACCGCGGCACCUGUGCCGCGGUCACGUGCCCGCGGGUUCACACCCCGGGUGGCCGGUGGGCGCCGAGCUCGAGGCGGUGGCGAACGGGGCCCUAACCAGCUCCCUCAGGCAGCUCGCCUCAUUGCUGACCGUCGCGGAGGACAUCUUCGCGAGUCUCACCGCCGAGCUGAGCCAGGUCGCCGAGAGGAGCACUCACUUGCGUCGCAAGAUCGACGCGAUCGAGGAGCGACUCGGCACCGUCGAUCCCAAGAAGAUACCAGUCCCGGAAUCGGAUAUCUGCACUUUCGCGGCGAGGACGGAACAUUUUCACGUCACGAAUAAACCAUCGACGAGGUUGUUCACGGCGGACACGAGGCCGAGAGCCCUGAGGGAGCUCUACGAGCUCGCUGCUAUAGUUGCCGUCCGAAGUUUGGAUUCCUUGAGGAGGGACGGCAGCUCGAUGGAUAUGUUCCUCUGUACUCCCGUUCUUGGGAAGAGACGACGGGAUCACAGUCUCGACAUCGAGUCCAGAAUCCCGGCUGCUAUCGAGGAUCUACGAAGAUGGACAUCCGCCGAGGCGCUCGGCGACGUCACCGUACCUCCGGACUGUUCGUCCAGGAUUCUGGGCGACAUGACCAGCGAUGCCGUCGAUCACAAGCUACCCAGCCCCGAGGAACAGGUUCAGGCUAUCGCGCUCAAAUUCCCGGCGGAAAUCGUGGCGGUGGAUGUGAGCGGACGAGGUUUCGCAAGAAUGUCGAUGAGAAGGAAGUCCUUGCUGUCAGGGCCAGAAACUCAGGAAACGGCGGUGAAAAGGAGAUCGCGACCUCGCAGACCAAGAGGAAAGAGACGAAACACGAUUGCUGGCACCGAUCAGAAAGAGAUUCGACAAGCUAUUGGAGGGGAGACGAUUGGCGACGAGCCCGAGGAAACGAUGCCAAGCGCCGCGUCGAGAGCUCAUCGCUCAGCCAGCACGGACCUCCUGGGCGCCACGAAGAAGGACUCCCCAACGGAAAAGAAGUCGCACUUCAACACGCUGAAAGCUUGGGGCAGGUCCAGAUUGAAGCUGAUCAGUCCGAAGUCGAAUCAGCAGCAAGAGACGCCGACGCCGAUCGGCGGGACCAGCGAGAGAUCAGGCGAGCAAGCCGCUCAAGGUCAAACGAGAUCGCCCGAGGAGAUCAACAUCUACGAGACGGUGACCGCGCGACGUAGGAGAGAUAAAUCGCACGAGAGGAAGCCCAGCUCGUCCAGCUCCUCCGGCAAGAGCACGGCGAGCAUACCGGUGUCGGUGCCGAGCACGGAGAACAGACAGCCGAGCGUGAAAUUGCGCGAGAGCGCGGCUCAGAGGAGAGAACGGCGGAAGGGCAGCAACCGGGACGACGCUCCGCACUCGAGCUCCGGGAACUGGAGCGCCUCGUCCGAGAGCGGAAGGGCCAGCAUUGCCAGCGAGACCACCACUACGACGCAUCAGCCCAGAUCCACGACGACAGCUUCGAUUGGCACGUCCUCGACUUCCCUAAAUCACAUGAGGCGACUCAAGGGAAGAGACAUGUCGGCCUCAUCCUCGGUAACCUCCGAAGGUACCUUAACCCCGGAUAUUAUACAGGAUAUCACGGUGGUGCCUUUCUCCGACGACGGUGAGACGUCGUCGGUGUAUUCCUGCGACACGGAGGGAUAUUAUACCUCGUUUCACAUGGAUUCAGGUCUGAAAACGCUCAGGGAGGAGGAACCGUUACCGCAGAGUCCUUUAACCAAAUCUAAUGACAUCGGUUCAGACCCUACCUCGCCAAUUGUCGAGAACGAAUACGAACUAUUCGGCAGAGGAUCAACUUCUACUACGACUAGUUCAGCCGGAACGGUUUGCACCGCGCUUAUGGCACCACCGCCUCCAGAACGCAAAUCUAGCCUCACGGUUGUCGCUAUGGUUCACGGACAAAAUCAAAACGGCGGCGAGUCGCCCGACAGCGGUCACAAUACAUCUUCGUCUCCCGUGGAGUCUGCCUCGAGUCCUGCCUGCACCGGUCGAUCCUGCUCCGAGUUCGAAUACUCGGAGUCCAGCGAUCUAGAGGGUUGCGAGCGAAUCGAGAGAAUCCGCUCGAAGACGGCGAUCACGACCAGCCGAAUUCCCUCGAUGUGCGUAAUCACGCCGCCCGUGUCCGACGACGAGCACGCGAGAGAGACGGAGCAGUGCGAGAAAAAGACGAGCGAGUCGGCCAGGAGAAUCAGUCUACAAAGUGGCGGAUCGGUGCUGAUGUCCGCCACCGUUGGCACCUCCAAGAUGGAGGUGAUCAACGGCCAGGACAAGAACCUCUACGCCACCGUGCAGGUGUUGCCAGCGAUCGCCAGCAACGACAGACCGACGAUGAGCCAGUCGUCGUCGAUCAAGAUCAGUCCGCUGAGCGGUGUCCUGGGCAAGCUUCGCGGCGUGCUUCCGGGUAAGAAGCACGCCACGAAGAACAGUGCCGUGCAGGAGCUUUCGAACGCAGACUCCGGCGACUAUGUGACCAUAGCCGACGUGAGGAACAACAACGACAAGCGUCCCGCGGGUCCACCCCCAUCUUCGUCAUCGUCAUCGUCAUCGUCGUCGUCAGGCAUGACCGCUCUCCGACCUACCGUUACCUACGCCAAUUCCGACAUCUUCAAGAAAGACGCGGAGUAUGUGAGUCUAAGCGAACUGCCAAAGAAACCGGACUCGUCCUUGGAGAGGAAGAGACAGGGCGCCCGAGUCACCUUGGAUUCCGAAGGCAAAGUCGUCUACUCGUCCGAUAGCUUGAAGAGGAGGAAAGGAGCGCACACCACCUUCAAUCCAGGUCCUUUCGUGAGGGAAGAAGCGUCACCCAGCCCUUCGCCGUUGCUGCGUCGCGCGAUGCCGAAUGUCCGCGCCGUGACGAAGAGCUGCGACGUCGCGGACGGCCCGAACGCUCGGGCGUCCACGCCGCCGACGUCGCCCCAGCUGGGCAAGCUGAUCAUUCGAGCGGCGCGGAGUCCGGAUCGCGCGGCCAGUCCGGAUUACGUGCGCACGCCGGCGACCGUGGUCGGUCCCACGAACCCCACCAGUCCCCACAGACAGUUCCGCGGGGCUUACGUCAACGUGCAAGGCGACGAAGACAAUACUUUACUGGCGAUACCUUCGGAAUCGGUACCGCCGCAAGCUAUCGUUCAACCGCCGCCCUACAUCGCUCCACCUAAACCCGAGGAUCGGCAAAAGUCGCAGAAAAGGUACCAAGAUAUCCUGAAGGAGUCGCAGCCGCCGAAUCUGCGAGCUUAUCCCGAAAAUGAGAAGAACAAGCAAUCCUACGCGCAGGAGAUCUACGAUCCCCAUCAAAAUGUCCAGCUUUAUGACAAUCGUAAUUUGUACGAUCAGCAACAGCGGAUGUCCAACUAUGAAUACCAGCAGCGAGUCCGCAACUGUCAAACGGUGCACAUGCACAACGCGAGGAACCAGCAGCUAUGCGCACCACCGGUCCGAGAAAUCGAGCAGCAGCAGUUUUACACCCUGCCGACGAGGAGGCCUCAGCGAGAGAUCGAGCCGCCUCGCAGCGUCACGCCGGAUAUCACCAGGGGUCUGGGUCGCGGGUCUCUCAGCAGCAUGCACAUGCUGGCGAAACAGAGCCAACAAAGGGUUACAAAUGUGGAGAACGAGCAGAGCCAGAGAAGUCACAAUUUGGAGCAAGCGGAAACGAGAGGCAAAUCUGUGCAGAGUCAGUUGCAAUCGGUUGUGGAUGUCAGAAAUAGGUUCGCAACGCCUUUAAAUUUAGCUGCACUUGGCUUCCGAUUCUUCGCAUCUUCGCCCGCUAACGAUCCUCUUACGAAGUCUCCUAACGCGGACGUUCUACGGAAUAAUCCAAUUUCCCCGAUCGGCCACGGCUGUUACAAUAACGGCUUCAAAUCGUCCACUCCCACCGAACAUCACGGGCGAUCGGCGCCAACCGUGGCGGAACGUCUAGCUUUAACCACCACCGCCGGCAAUAAUUGCUCGUCGCCGAUACCGAUGAGUGGUUCCUCAGGUAGAAGCACUCCCGUCCAGACGUCUUCCGGCAGGACGACGCCGACCAAUCUGAUCCUGUCGCCUACCAAGAGCACCAUGUCCAACGAGGAGUUAUUCGCCGCGAUCCACAAGUCGAAGAAGCGACUCAACAUCAGGCUCAACGAGAACGAGAAUGAUAAUCUGUCGCUUUGCGGAUCGAUGGACUCUUUGGUGAAGACACCGGCUGGUACCAGGCACAGCUGGAGCCCGGAAUCUCAGAAAACUGCAGAGAUACCAACCACUGUGCAAUCGCCUACGUCGCGGAUGGACUUCAAACGUUUGCUUCUUCAGCAAAGCGUAAAGACGAAUCCCAUGCGGCUGUCGGCGGCGGAGCAAUUAAAAUUGUCGCGCCAGCAAUGUCAGCAACAACUACAAUCAUCGCCGAACGCUCAUCAGAGUCCUCUGGCCAAGGUUCUGAGUCCACGCUCGGUCUGGAGGUUUCAAACACCGAGGACCGACGUCCUCUCGUCCACCAUAAUCGAGGACACCGCGGCGGAAGAGAAAGCUAUGAAGCCAUCGCCGGAGAACACGUCUCCCAUCUCAAGACUGAGUCUUAGAAGACAGUUGGAUCUUUGCAAUGACCUGACGAGUCAUCUGCGUAUCGUCGACCACGAGGACAAGACCGCGAAUUUCAAGGAUAAACUAAUGGCGAGCAAGAUAUCCAACGAACUCAAUCUUGAUCCCGCAAAACUGCUGAAUCAAACUAAGACAGCUCAAGAACCAGUCAUUAAUGAUCCCGCACGAAUCGCGAAAGCUCCAAUAACCGGUCAAGACACUUCGUCCUUGACUUUUCGAAAUAAUAUCACCGGUAAGAGUUCGCUCGAAUCGAUGAGUCAGGAUCCCAUUAGCGCUCUCGAGUCGCGGAGGAUCAGUAAUCAAUUGGCGAAAGCACAGUUCCUAGCUAGCACACCCACCAGCACGAAUCCGUCGCAGAGUCUUUAUUUUAGCAAGAGAUUCAGAGCGCGAUCAGAAUCUCCGCAGCACGCUGUGACGCAAAACGUUGCAACACGUAGCCCGAGUGCUCCUACUCUCGAAACCGCUUUAUGAUCCAAAAUUACGUCCGUAAUCAGGACAACGCGCGACAACAGAUUUGCGCGAGAAUAAGAAUAUAGCUCUUCAUUAUUGUGACAUAUAAUAUAUAUAUAUAUAUAUA